AUGAAGUUCUGGUCUACGCUUCUUCUUUCGUUGUCGGCCGUCUCCGGCGUUCUCGCCGCAAGUUCCGCCAAGGGUACAUACCAGAAGUAUCAGUCUCUCUCACGCUCGGGACCUGUUUCACUCGACAGUGCCGCUUUUGAGGAGCUCACCAAAGCUCCACGCGACUACUAUGCAGCGGUCAUUUUGACGGCGAUGGAUGUCCGCUACGGGUGUGAUAUGUGCCGUCAAUUUGACCCCGAAUGGAAUCUCAUUGGAAAGAGCUGGAAUAAGGGCGAGAAGCCGGAUGACCUGAAGGUCAUCUUUGGAACUCUUGACUUUGACAAGGGCAAGACAGUCUUCCAGAAGCUUAUGCUUCAAUCCGCUCCCAUCAUGCUUCUUUUCCCUCCCACUGCCGGACCCUACGCCAAAGUGAAAGCGGACCCCGUCAGAUAUGACUUUACUGGACCAAUGAGUGCCGAUCAGAUGUACACAUGGCUUAAGCGCCAUCUGCCUGAGAGACAAUUGCCUGCCUUGAAUCGACCCGUGAACUACAUGCGUAUCGUCUCGACCGUGACAGUGCUGAUGGGUGCCAUCACGCUAUUCACGGUACUCUCACCUUGGAUUCUGCCCUUAAUUCAGAACCGCAAUCUUUGGGCGGCCAUUAGUUUGAUCGCGAUCCUGCUUUUCACUAGUGGGCAAAUGUUCAACCACAUCCGCAAGGUCCCCUAUGUGACUGGGGAUGGCAAGGGCGGAGUCAGCUACUUUGCCAGUGGCUUCCAAAACCAGUUCGGUCUCGAGACCCAGGUUGUAGCUGCGACCUACGCUGUCCUCUCCUUCGUCACUAUUGCCCUGGCCUUGAAGGUGCCUCGCAUGCAAGAUGUGAAUGGUCAACAACUGGCUGUCUUCAUCUGGGCCGGUGUCCUUUUCGGAACCUACAGCUUCCUGAUCAGUGUGUUCAAGAUUAAGAAUGGCGGCUAUCCAUUCUGGCUUCCUCCUUUCUAG